AUGCAAGCAGAUACAAUAUCUAGGUUACAACACACGUCUGCCUCAUCAUCAUCGUCUGUUAAAACUCCUUCCCCAUUGAAGGGUGUGCAAUUACCGACAUCUGGCACCACGCAACCUCAAAAGCAGAGUACAACAAACAAUUUGGGACAGCUAGAUAACAUUUUCCAGUCUGUUAGGAAGCAGAUUGAUCAAUGGGGCGAAAAUGCCAAGUGGAAAAUUGAUUUGGUCUUAUUGGAUAGCCCGCAAUCACAAUCACAAGCAGCACCAGCAGCACCAGCAGCACAGCAGCCAGCACAGCAACAACCAUCAUCAUCGAGCCUACAUCCUUUGUUGUCUCCGCAGCAUCUGCAUCCUAAUGCGAUCACAACUCCGUUGGAUAAUGAAUCGACAUCUUAUGCAUUGCCUGUGACAUCUACCAUUCAGUAUCCUUGGGAUUUUGUUGCUCCAAAUGCAGGCAAAGAUGAGUGGAAACAAGAUGUCGACAAUCUAGAACUCAAGCUUCGUGAAUUGAUUGAACGUCAACACUAUCUUGAGAGCAUCAUUUGGUCGCAAUCAGAGCAGAUCAAGCACAGCUCUAGGAUACCAGACAAGGACAAUGCAAUCAACACGAUGAAAAACAUAUUCUUGAUGUCUCAAAAUGAACAAAAAGUGCAUCACAUGAUGGAAGCCAACAUGCUACACAAAGACAUUGAAACACUGUCCAAAAAGCUAAAGAAAAUCACUCAUAUUCUGGAGAAGAUUGAACAGAUGGAGCCCGCUGCAGAGGAGCAAGCACUAAGCAAGGAAGAAUUGCUGCAAGACCGUGCGCUGCUGAAGCGAAAGCUGUAUCUAUCCGAUUUGAGGCUAUCAGCGCGAGAUGCAGAGAUUGACUAUUUACAUGAACUCAUCGAGACAAUAAAGUCGAAUCAACAGCAACAGCGCGAGCAACAUCACAGCCACCAUACACACAAGAAGCUACGCAAAGGGCCACCUUACCUGUUCCAACAGCAGUACUCUCCUCGCAGCGAUAUACGUUCCAACGAGCCACAUCCUCUGAGCGGCUUGGACAGUUUAGGCAUUGUUGCUGAUCAAAUGCUGAGUGAUCCUGAAUUUGAAGGCUCUACCCAUUCGUCACACUACACCAACGAAAAGCGAUUGAGAUCAAGAUUGGAUGAUCGCAGAUCACAACGGUCCAUUGAUUCAGCAGCGACACUAUUAGCCAUGCCACAGCUGAUGGUGCCACAGCAUCGUAUGACAAGAGAUGAUUCAAACUCUAUUUCCUCCUCUCCUCCUUUAUCUCCAGAGAGACCAUUGCACCCACAACCACCACAAAAGCCAAACUACGAUCAUAUUCCCAAGAAGCCUCGAUCGACAUACACGCGAUGGACAGAGGCAGAAGACAGAUUACUGCGAGCAGCGGUCAAAAAGUACGGACAUAGUAAUUGGGAGGCAUGUUCAAAAGACGUACUAGGCAGAAGCAACAUUCAGUGUCGUAAUCGAUGGAUACGUCAUUUGGAACAUAAGCCUGUGCCCAUAGAGGAAGUAAAGGAGGAACAGCAUGUCAGUACGAGCACGCCACCAAAGAAUGCUCGUCAGUCACCCUCCAUUGCUGCGUUGCUGAACAAUGACAAUGAAGAUGGCGGCUACCAUUACUCACCAAGAGCCUCCACCUCAACAUCUUCGUCCAACUAUCACCUUCAUCCCGUGUAUCGGCCUCCCUCUCCCAUGGCAACCCCCAAAAAUGGUAAAAGAAGGUCUCCAGAAGAGCCCUUUCACAAGUGGUAG